GCAUUCGUUCAACGGACGGCAACGAAACGUGAAAGUCGAAAGCACAAAAUAAUUUAUAUUUUAUAAAUUUUGGAAGAGUUGUUUAUUCCACAAGUGGGUCUAUUCUACAAGUUUUUACUGUUUCCAUAUUAUUAUAUAUAAUAUUGAUAUGGCGUUUAUAAUUCCCGAUAAAGUAUUAGAGUCAUUAAUUUGUACCUUCUGCCAUAAAUACUUAUCGGUAAAACCCACAAGAGUUUAUCCAAAUAGAGAUGUAAAAUGUGGAAGGUGUGCAAUGGCCGAUAAACGAAAAAAACAAAGAGCAAGUGUUGAAUCGCUUUAUGGAAAAAUUGCUGAAAAAUUUUUAUUUAAAUGUAUUAACAGAUUUGAUGGUUGUCGAGAAUUGUUAGCGUAUUCCCAAGUUCGUGAUCAUGAAGAGGUAUGCCUGGAAAUCAUUCAUAAAUGUCCAAUUUGUUAUGAAGAAGUGACGAGUUUAAUGAUGCUUCGGCACUUUCAUUCCAACCAUAAGGAUGCGAUAUUGGAUUUUCCUGCAUUUGUUUUCAACUUGAGUCAUUAUUUAGAAACGACUGGUAUUUAUAUAUAUCAAGAAGAAGAUAAUUUAUUUUUCCUAUAUAUUAGCUAUAGUAAAUCAGAAAAUACAAUAAAAUUAGAAUUGGUUUAUAUGGGAAGUGAUAAAUUAGCUUCAAACAUAUACCACAAGUUUACCGUAACUAGUGUAAACAAAGAAUUUGAUAUUAACUGUAAGUCAAAACCUUCGUGUGCUAAUGCGUGUACCAUUGUGGAUGUAUCGAAUAUGUUACAUUUAAUAAAUGUUAAGUUUAAGUUAAUCUAUCAAAACUUACAAUUUUUCACUAUACCGGAAAAUGUUCAUUCGUCAAACAUUGAGAAUUCUUUAGAAAACCUAAAUCAAAAUCUAAAGGAUCUGACUGUAUCUGAAAAUGUGAAUUCAUCCUCGUCCAGCACUAAUAAUUCUUUGGAAGAACCGAAACCCAAUCAGGACAAAGUUCAGUUUAUUUGUGAAAGUCCGUUUGAGUAUACGACUCGAAUUGUUGAACUUUCUUCAGAAUAUAAUCCUCAAUGUUUUAAUUGUAAAGAAAUUUGCACCUUUUCCCUUUCUGACACGGAUGCACCAGAAUAUUAUUACAGUCCUACACAUAAUGAUUUUCUUUGUUUUUGUUGUUUUGUAUGGUUAACCCAUGAAAAUAAAAUUAAAGAAAAUCAUUUGUAUUUGAAAAAAUUGAUGAUAUCAAAUUUUCUGGGACGUUUCUGCAAAUGGAAUUGUGGUCAACAUUUCAAGUUUUCACAAAUAAUAUCACAUGAAGUAUUCUGUGCAAAGAGAAAUCAUUAUUAUAAUUGUCCUGUGCAAAAUUGUUCAACUAAAGGUUUUGCUUCAGCACUAAGAAAACAUUUGGAAACUGAGCAUCGUUUUUCGGUGUGUACGUCUAUCAUUCAAUUAGCUAAUACGACAAUGAACCAUUUCGUGUUCUUAGAAGAUCAAAUUGUACGUUUUAAACUAGAAUGCAAAUUCAUAGGUGGUGAUUCUUACUGUGGUAUCCCUAGUAGAUACGAAUAUAAAAUCGAAUGUGAAAUAAUAACAAACGAUAAUGAAAUAGAGUCAGAAUGGAAACCGCAUGUGCUCUGUUUUAGUGGGAACACAUUUAAACCACUAUCAGGUCUUCCUCUUUCAAGUUCACCCUCUGCUUGUAAAGCAAAGAUUGUUUUAGUGAAAAAAUAAUAAGAAAAUAUUCAUUGUGUAUGCAUUUAUCACAUUAACACUACAAUUUCUCAAAAUCAUCCUGUUGACUUAAAAUAAUCUGCAUUCACUUAUUAUUUCCCUGUUGUGUGACUCGACAUCUCGUAUAGUGUGUUCUAGAUCUAUAUUAAAAAGAAUACACGUGUCUCCCUGCCGUAACCCUGUGUGCAGGAUUAUGGCAGGAUAGUGUUUCAAAUGCUUGUGACAGAUCGCCUUGCAUUUGCAUCCUGCAGUUCACUUUACUCAUAAUUGUUUUUACAACCCUUAUUAAUUUGUGGGGAAUGUUGAGGUUCUUUCAUGGCUUCUAGACUUCAUACAGUGCGCUGGAAUAAGCGUUACACUCCCACCCCUAUUAACUUUGACAGGUUGAUUUUUAAAAUAACCAUAGUAUAUUAUAGCAUCAAUGUUUUGAACUUUACGCGAUCCAUCUUCAGGUAGCAGUCAUAACUUUGAUUUUUUUUUAAUGAGAAAGUACAUCAUGUGACACCUCAUUUAAAAUCUUUUGAAAUACUUUUUAAAAGCGUAUGCGCAAAAUUUCGAUCCAAUGUUAUUUAAAUGCAUUUAUUUUUUCUCGAAUACUGAAAAAACUAAUCAAGUAUUUUUAAAAAAUUUUAAACGCAUAAUGAAAGAUUACAUUAUUUCUGAGGGCCCAAAGUCCUUGAAAACUUCUAUAAUGUUUAUUUUAAUAAGUUACUGGGGUGAAAAAAAGAAACAUUCUUUUAAAAAGCAUUAGACCGAUAUUUGCGUCUACGCUCUUAAAAAGUAUUACACAUUUUUGCAAUCAGUAUUUCAAAAGCUGAGGUGUCACAUGAUGUACUUUCCCAUUAAAAAAAUCAAAUUUAUGACUGUCAUCUGAGGAGGGAUCGCAUAAAAUUCGAAACAUUGAUGCCAUAAUGUACUAUGAUUAUUUUAAAAAUCGACCUGUCUGAGCGUUUUGCUUAUGUGCUAAAAAUAAAUAAUAAGUUAGUAGGGAGGGGUAACACUUAUUCCAGUGCACUGUAUAAUUUACAUCUUGGGACGCUAUCAUACACAUACUUCCACUAGUCCACAAAGAGAUAAAACGUGCCAAUAUUUAAAUUCAUACCCAAAAUAAAUGUAGAAAGUAAUAUAUGCAUCGACGAAAAAAAUUAGACUCGAUGAGCAUUCUGUGACGACGAUAAUUGGACAAUAAAAAAAAUUGGAACUCAUGUGUGAGUUAUGUCAUGUGUGAGAACUACCCCAAAAAGAGAUGUUUUUUUUUAAUCAACAGUAAUUGUUUUAAAAAUGGACACUUCAUAAAAAAUGGACGAAAUUAAAACUCAUUUACUUCCUGUAUAAAUCAAUAGGUCUGGAUCCCGCGUAUGAAAAAAAAAGAAUGUGUGUGUACUUUGUACACACGUAAGAAGUUAUACUUCUAUUAUAUGAUUUCAACGAAAUAAAUAAUAUACAUUCAACAGGUUAUUUGUAUUUAAAGAUAUAAACUAAUUUUUACUUACUACUUUCCAAAAAUUUUUAUUAAAACAAUACUAAAAAUAAAAAAAAAAAAAGUUAGAUAUCACACGGAUUAGAACCGGCGACCUCUCGAUCUCCGGUCGAACGCGAUACCACCGAGCUAAACUCCCAUUGUUUUGACAGCUUACAAGAAAAAUUAUAAUAAAUAAUACAUUUAGUAAAAACACUAAUAUAUCUUUUUAAUGACUUAUUUUUAUCAGCGCUGACAGCGCUGAUACAUACAUAACUUGAAAGAUUAGCAACGAACUACCUACAUACUGUCUGUGUGCGCAUGCGCCCGGCCUUAUAAAAUUUCACUCUCGAUCGUAAAGAAGUAUAACUUCAAAAAAGUUGAUUAAUAACAAGCUGAAAAUUUGUUAAUAGCUUAAGGGUGUCUAGUCGGACAAACUUUGAUAUAUGGGAACACUGGAACAGGGGAAGUUUUAAUUGUGGAACAGGUUAAAAAUUUGGAACGGUCAGACCACGAAAAUGGCAUAUGUAUUUUGUCCGACAGAACAGACUUAAACUCUCCGAACAGAGGUUAAACUCUCAUGCAAAAAUCAGACUGCUAUUUAUCACCAAAUGGGCGUUUUAUUGAGUGGAACAUGUAGAAUUUGUCAAAUGACAGGAAUUAUGACAGGUGAUAAAUAGCAGUCUGAUUUUUGCAUGAGUGUUUAAUUUCUGUUCGGAUAGUUUAAGUCUGUUCUGUCGGACAAAAUAAAUGUGCCGUUUUCGUGGUCUGACCGUUCCAAAUUUUCAACCUGUUCCAAAAUUAAAACUGUCCCUGUUCCAGUGUUCCCAUAUAUCAAAGUUUAUCCGACUAGACACCCUUAAGCUAUUAACAAAUUUUCAGCUUGCUAUUAAUCAACUUUUUUUUCAUACGCGGGAUCCAGACCUACAAACGAAUGUUUCAUAUUGUAGUCUGAUACGAGUUACCAUAUCAAUAUUUUUUGGAUAAUCCUACUGUAUUUUUAGUGUUAUAAGGAUACAGUGACGAGUGUGCCAAGGACCGGCAAAAUAACGCAAAAUAUGGAAAACACAAUACCUUGUGAAAUAAAAAUAGGUGAAACUGUAGAGGUGAUAAAUUAUCAAUAGAAACCUAUAAAUUUACAUUAUUUUGAUAGUUUCCCACCGUUAGACGUAUUGGAGGAGUAUGGCAACUAACACUGUGAGCGGAAAAUUCUAUAUGAUGCUCCUGUGACAGUUGCACAUAUUUAUAAAAUGGCACAGUGUAGUUGUCAUAUUCCUCCGAUGCGUCUAGGAGGUGGGAAACUAGUGAUAAUGUAAUGUACAUUUAUAAGUUUCAAUCGAUAAUUUCCCACCUCUACUAGUUUUUCCGACCUCUUUUUAUUAUGUUUUCCAUCUUUUGCGUUAUUUUCCCGGUUCUUAGUAGACGCAUUACAUGAUAAAUCCUAACAAUAGCACACUAUGUCAUUAUUAAAUACACUAAGUUCCCGGCCGGUUGUUCGAACGCUAAUUAAAAAGGAAUCAACUAAUCAUUAUCAAAUAUUUAAUUACUGUCACCACCUGUCAAUGUCAACUUUGAUUGGGUUGCUGAAAACAAUUGAUUACAAUUAUGAGAUUAAUUGAUUAGUUAAUCAGUUAUGUUAAUUAUUGUUAUGUUAAUUAAUAAUUAAUUAUUCAGUCAAUUAUGUUAAUUAUCAUAAUGAUAAUUAACAUAAUUGAUUACAAUCAACUGAUUGGCGUACGAACAACGGAUUUUGUUAUUUGAUGGUUGUUAAGGGGACUUAAUUAUAAUCAACUUCUUGAUUAGGGUUCGAACAACCGGCCAUAACUUAGUUUUAAAAACAAUUCCUUUUUCCUCUUAUAAUUAUAACUAUGAUAAUAUUUAGAUUAUCUGUUAUUAGAUUUAAGUUUAUUAUUGUGGUGUAAGAAUUAUAAGUUUAGCAUCUAUACAA